AGGGGAGGUGACAGGGAAGGGGGUUUAAGACAAGGUAAAAGAAGGGAGAGGAAAGGAAAAAGGGAGGAAGGGGCAGGCAGUGGAUUUCAGUGCUCACAUGAAUGCCGAGUUCAUCUUGCCAGUUUUGGUUCAUUAUUUCGAUUAAAUAUUUAUUGAAAUUCCAAUGUGUUAUUGCAGUUGUACGUUAUAAUGACUGUGUUGUCACAUAUCCUACUGUAUGUAUUUAUACAUACUCUGUUUAUAGGAUUAUAAGUUAUGUGGAAAGGUGUGAUGGCUGUGUCAUUGGUAUGAGGCGACAGUGAUCAGUUAGAUCAUUCAAGUCUUGCCAGUGCCUGACCAUAUCUUUCAUGACCAUGCUUGAUUAGAAUUAGAAUUUGUAUAUUGCCUAUUAACCUCAGAUUGAAUUAUGAUUUUGUGGUCUAAUAUAAGCCAUUGGAGCACAUGGGUAAAUGUCUGUGCAACUUUAAGUUUGCCACUACAUCAUGACAUCAUGACCACUGGUUACAUCAAGCCAGAUGCACUGCAGUUAUAAGUUUCCCACCUUAAAGAUAAGAUAUUGGAUGGUGGGUAAAGAAGUGAUUGUCACCAGCAUACUUAGAUCUCUGCCUCAGGAUCCCAUAGCAGAAUUAGUUUAGCCUUGCCUCACCAUAAGAGAUCCAUCCCCUUUCUUGCACCCAAGAUUUGUUUAGCAUCAGAGAUGAAGGUAGACACGAAGUUGCUGCCCAUCAAGGCCCACUACUUCUGUUUUUUAGGAUGCAUGUCUCCAAUCUUUCCUUUCCUGAUGGUGGUGGCACUGCAGCUGGGCAUCCAUGUCUCCACCAUGGGUACCCUGAUGGCUGUCUCCAUGCUCUCUGUGUUAAUGAUGAAGCCCAUCAUUGCUGCCAUUGCUGACAUCUUCCCCUCAUACAGGCGCAGCAUCUUUAUCAUGACUUUGGUGUUGAUGGUGGUCAGCUUUAGCUCCAUUAACUUUGUGAGUCCAAUGCAGGGCAUCCCAAGGGUGCAGGGGCAGCUUGGAAUUUUACUGGGCACUGCUGAUCCCCCUGCCACCCCGUCAGUGUCCAUGGUGGUGGAGAAACAGGAGGAUAAGGGUCAUGAUGUAGCAGGCUUAAUGCUGGCUGCCAGGGAUAAUGGAGAUGAGUGCUAUGUGGCAGUGGCGUGGGACUGUGUGGUACGCUGUGGGGAGUCCUGGAGCUGUUUCAAUGCAAGCAGUGCCAGCAUCUCUUCCUCCUCCUCCUCCAGUCUGUCUGUCACUGUCACUCUUGUCUCACAACAUCCUGGUCUUCAGUUUAGCAGAGAGUGGAAGGAGGCAUCUCUCCACUCCAAUUUGUCUCUGCCAGAUGGAAAACCGGAGUUGCCCUCGAGAGUGUACCGCCUGGAGGGAAUGGGAGUAUCAGAGGACAUGUUUCCAGGCAAUCUGAGCCUAGAGUGUGGGAGUGGGCGAUGGAAGGGAGCAAGGUGCCCCGGGGUAUGGGAGCACUGGCAGUUUUGGAUGUUUACAUUGCUGCUCUUUGUGGGAAUGAUUGCUUUCAGCACAGGAGUCUCAAUCACUGAUGCUGUCAUUGUGGACACAAUUGGAAAAAAUGGGGACUAUGGCAUUCAGCGAGCAUGGGGUACAGUGGGCUGGGGACUGAUGGGACCAGUGAGUGGUCUGUUGGUGGAUUGGCAGUCAGGUUCCAAUGUUACCAAGAAUUACAUGCCAGCCUUCCUCAUUUGCCUUGUCUUAGGUUCCUGUGAUAUAUUAAUAUCAUCCACAACCAUCAAGGUUCCCAAGAUAACAACAGAGCACAAUGUCUUGAAGAAAAUUUGGCCCAUCUUGCGACAUCCUCGAUUCUUUGUCUUCUGCAUCUUCGUCAUCUUUAAUGGAUUCUUUGAUGGAGUUGUAGCCAGCUACCUUUUUAUGAUGCAAGAAAACAUGGCCAUGGGGACCAGCGCCAUGAAUCACAUGAAGUUCCUGCAAGGCAUGACCAUCUUUGUGCAGUGUGGCAUAGAGGCUCCCUUCAUGUUCAUCAAUAGCUGGUUCAUGAGGACACUGGGAGCCCACUAUGUCACAUCACUGGUCUUCUUCCUCUACAUAUUCCGGCUGUUGGGUCUGGCAGUGGUUGGUGCAUAUGGUCCUGUGUGGGCCACACUGCUUGUUGAGAUACUUAAUGGACCUUGCUAUGGUCUUGGCUAUACUGCUAUAGUAAUUUUUUCUUCAAAAUUGUCCCCACCAGGCACCAGCACCACCGUCCAGAGCAUAGUGAAUAUUUGCUAUGAAAUUCUUGGGUACGCAUCAGCCUCCUACUUUGGUGGACAUCUGUUCGCCAGUAUUGGUGGGCCCGGACUCUACCUAGUAGCAGGCAUCACAUCUCUCAUUAUAUUCUUCCUCCAUCUUCUGUCUUUAAAGUUGCUGCCUCCACCUGAAGAACAUACUGAAGAAGAAAAAUCACUCGAGAAGCAGCAGUCUGGCGAAGAAGAGAAAUUGAGUCCUGAUCCAGAGACAAAAGAACUUGAUGAAGGCAGCACAUUAACUGUCAGGGUUGAAGAGGAGCAGGAGGCUUCUCAAGUGAAUUAGCUCCAUUAGUGGUUGGAAGUCUACAUGGCAAAGAUAGUGUCAGUCAAGACUAAACAUCCUAUAAGCAACACAACAUUGGCAAGUUACUUAUACUGGGAGCUUUGAGGAAUUUGUUGUAUUGGAGGUAGGUAUGUCCCAGUUGUAGAAACACCAGGCCACCAACUGCAGUGAUAUGAACAGCUGACCACAUUUUUACUAUUGUCUCAAUGGCAUUGGCAAAAUUAUUGUCUUGCAAGGGUCUUAUGACCUCACAGUAUAUGGGUUAUGAAUUAUUUUUGACACAAAGUAUGUACAGCAGCCACCAGACCCAUCCUUUCACCCUUAAUCCUACAUUGCAUGGCAGGCAACAUGUCAUAAUCUUUUCAUGGAGGCUGUCAUUUACUGGAUCCCUGUCCCAAGCAAAAUAAGCCUUGCCCACUCUGAUAAUAUUACAGCCUACCCAUCAGUUAUGUCUUUAUCUGUGGGAUAAAUUAGCUGUGUGAAGCUUUCACCUCAAUAAGGACAUGUGAAAAUGCAAGCCUUGAACCAUGCCUGCUCUGAGAGCAAGAACAAACAAAAGUUUGAAUUGCUGCACUGGGAGCAUUUAUAGAUGGAGUUGCUUUAGCAAUGAAGUUCCCAGAGGUAGAUGCUUGUACUUGUAUAUUAUCUACCAUAGCUCACCUAAUACAGUAGAUAGGCCAUUUUAUUUAAUACUGUUUGAUGUAAGUGUUGAUUUCAGAACUUGCAUCUGUUUGUGAAUACUCAACAAAACCAAAAUAAGGAAAUGGUUAAGAGUUGUAGUCAGAGAACUGCUCUGUAAUCUCUCUUAUUUGCAGCUGAUGAUUUGUUCAGAUUUUCCCUAAAAUGCCAUACAUCAAGCAAAGCAUGUCUGUUUAUAAGAACUUUUCCAAUCGUCCCUCAUAUUCCCCAGAUAGUGGCUAUUGUCUGCUGAGGAGGCACACAUCAGGAAUGAGAUUAAAUAUUUUCAUCAAAAGUCCAUGCAUUAUAUUUAUGGCAUUUUUUGGAAAAGAUGAAUAUAUCAUUGUGUUAAAGAUUUUUCUUUAAGGAUAAACAGUUUAUUUCAGUAUUCAUCCUCUAAAACAGCAAAUAAAUAAAAUGUGUAAUAAACAUUAGAGAGCAAUUUGAAUUAAAUUUGUCACAUUUUCAUAUUUUUUGCUUUUAUUGGGUUUUCACAGAUAGAUCUGAGUUGUGCAAUCAAUACUGCAUUUAAUCAUAUUAACCAAAAUGGACCAUCUAGUGUAUCAGGUGAACUGUGGCAUAAAAUAAAUAAGCAUGUGCACAGUAAUCUCUCCAACAUCUGGAUGUUUAGUAAGAAGGUUCAUCCAAUAUCCAGACAUACUGUGUCUGGAUAUUAAAUGGGACAUAUGCUUGGUUAAAUGUCCACACACACACACACACACAUGCAGCAGCCAGUUUCCUACUGUGUGCCUCUGUCUGGUCACUGUCAUCCUACGCAGCGGUAUGGUGCUGCCACAUGGCCUGUAGCAUGUCACGUUGUAUUGCAACCCCAUUACAGUUGCCACUGUGAAUAGUCGCACUGUUUAAACUCAAGGUCGUUUGUGCACUAGAAGUAGAGAGGUUACUAAAAAAGAGUCCCUACAUUGUAGACAUUGUGUUCAUGCAUUUAAUGCUGGUCAAGAAACUACUUAAAUAUUUGAUAAGUCGAAUCAGAAAAUACAGGAAUCAGAAAAUACAGAAAUAUGACCAAGGUUUUCUAAAUAUUAUGAAAUUUCAAACCAUUAUUUUUCUCCGUAGUUUUCAUCAGAAUAUUCUUAAGUGCUCUUUUCAUUGAGUAAAUGAAUGGUCGUCAAACAUUGUAACCAGUAGAAGCAGGGGAGCAUCAUGCAUUAUGGCCAGAUAGUUGAAUUUCUCUUCUGGUGACAAAUGUAGUGUGACACUGGCCCUUCUCUCCUCCUCUCUUGCAGGCAAGCUUACGUGAUUAGUGUUGUGGCAAACAAGUGGUUUAUCCAGAAAUAAUCUUUGUUCAGGUAUGUGAACAGUACAUGGAAAUAUGUAUACAACACAUAGCACAUGUGCAUUUAUUUUCACUAUCUGCAGAUAUGCUGUAUAUAUUUGCAGUAAUUUUUCACUGAGUGGUAUUUCUUGUAAUUGCUGUUGUUAUUCCACACCCCUACACAACUGUAACUCUUUCCUGUUCUCACUGACCCUUCAUGUUCAUGUCUCUGCUGUUCCAUCACCUGUUGCCUCUUACCAUAGAGCACAUGCUUGCUUUUGUGGUGGUGCCCAGGAUCUCCAAGGCUUGCUCAUCCUCUUAUGCUGGGAUUUUUAUUUUUAUUUUUUUAAUUGUAUUGUCACAUGAAAUGAACAAAUUUGACAUUUGUUUCCCUACUU